AUCCUCACAACAAAUCGCCAAAUGCCGCUUAUCCUAAUAUCUUGACGCCUCUGUCCGACGAGUAAGCCCAUAGUAAGAUCGUAUAAAUCCCGUCGCUUUGACGUUUGCUACAAUGAAAGAGUAUCUUGACUCUAACCGAGUCAAUUUCUUGAUUUGGAGAUAUUUAAUCGAAGGCAAUUAUCGAGAGACAGCCGUCAAAUUCCAGAAAGAGUGGCACGUCGAGGAACCUCACCGACAGCUAGAUUUCGCGCAACAUGUCAAAAGCCAUGCGCUAGUCAAUGUUAUCAACAAGGGUCUACUGUAUAAUUCAUUAGAACGUGAUCAUGCGCAGUCACAAGUACCUCGUGACGCCGCAGUAGCGGCACUGGCCGAGGCGAUGCAGCUAGGGAUAUUUGGUCCAGUGCACGCACAUCCGCCACUUCACCAGCAGCUAGAAGAUGAGCAGCAGCAAGCAGAUUCGAUGGAUCAAGAUGACAAGCAAGUCGCCGAAUUACCAGCAACGGCAACAACUACGUCCGGGGGUGAGGUAGAAAAUAACCGAAAACGUCAAAUUGACAAGCAACCGCAGGCGCCGCUUCUCAAUGGUUCACCAGCUAAGCGACCAAGACUUAGCAACGGCUACGAAAAUGGGGUGGAUGCAGCCACAACUCCAAUGGAACUUGACGGGCAGAACCAUGACAACCACGCUUACCCGUCCCCCCAGGAAGGCGAACAGGCGCCGACGCCAACUCCCCGUACUGAUGGGCCCGAGCAGGGCACGCAGAUUGAAAAAGUCGAAGAAUUGGCUACCGAGACCACUUUCAUCCCCCUGGGCGUCCAGAGGCUUGAUGAUGCACCAACUUCUUCUCCAACCACGGCAUUGGCUGGAAUUAAUGGCGAAAGCGCGCCUGUGCUCCUGCAUUGCCAGUGGCAUCCCCGAGAUCCCACCAUCUUGGCGGCUGCUGGAACCGAUGCGCUAGCCCGAAUCUGGAACGUUUCGCGUGUAGCCACAACCGACCUUGCAUCUGAUGGUCACGUGAAUGGUGUCGCUCCAAAUUUCAAUGAUUUUCACACCUUACUCGAAGAGGACACCCACACUAAAGCCACCGUCACCGCCAUGGCUUGGAAUUGGGACGGGUCGGCCAUUGCAGUAGCUACCGAUUCGGACUCGAAAGCCCGGAUCAGCCUUUGGACUCCCGAAGGUUCUCACCUGCAGGGUUUCGAGGUCGCCGAACCUCCCGUCAUCAAACUGCGUUGGAAUCCUAACAAUGCCGCUAUUCUAGGAAUUGCGCCGGAGAACGGUGGGGCUCUAAUAACUGUGUAUCAUGCUGUGACAGCAAACUCGAUGAGCUACUUUCUGUCUCAACAUGAUUUACACAGUGAACCCCUGGACGCAGCAUGGACAAGCGAAUCCGAGUUCUUACUAUGCGGUGGCGAUGUACUUAUGGCUCUAAAAUGCGCUGAGGGCGAGAUUAAGGAGUUGAAGAAAUUCGCUAUUCGUGAAGACGACAGCUUAACACAGGUGCAAUUUGACUGGAGAAGUUCGUUAGCGGCUACUUGCGGAGAGAAAGGCUAUGUCGACAUAUGGGAUAACAACGGUAAACGACGUGAGAUAAAAGCACACUGUGACGCAGUCACUGCCUUAGCUUGGCAACCACUACAACAACAACCUUUAGGCGACGAGCGGCUUUUAGCUUCUGGUGGGGAGGACGGAGCAGUCUUUAUAUGGAAUGCACUUGCUACUGACGGGAAAGCGAAAUGUUCGAUGACCAUGGGACCGCCUAUCGUCGCUCUUGCUUUCACACCCGAUGGCGCGUUCAUUGCUGGAGCUACGAGCGAGAGGAUUCUAAUUUGGAAGGUAGGAGAAUGUAGUAUUCCGCGUGCAAGUUGGAGUCGAAUCCCUCAUCCUGGCUGGUUCAGCCCACGAAUGAAUCCUGAAUCGGACGAGGAGGACGAACAUUGCUUGGGAUGGGAUGCGACAGGUCACAAGUUAGCAUAUGGGGUCAACAGUCGAGUAAGUUGUCGCUUGCGCCCAAUAUACCUGCCCGAAUCGUUCAAUCGAAUUCGAGCUAAUGAAAUCAGCUCGCCGUUAUCAACUUCAGAUGAUAGCGUAAGAUCACUCGCAUUUAUAAUGUUUUGUAGAUGCAGCCGUGACGGAACCCAACCUACUCGGCCCGGUUGGCAUGACGACGGCUGCUGCCAGAACACGUCCGGAUAACCGCGCUUUGCGCAUAUACAGCCGAGGCUAUUUGCGGGAAGCGGGAGAAGUCUGCUUAUACGGGCGUCAGCAGAGAGCCGUCGCAUCAACAGGAGAGUUGCCGAGAGAGCAAAGCCGUAGGACAUCUUGGGAUUUUAUUACCGCAAACACACCGAGCAAUAACCACGAACUCCAAAUUCGCAAGCUUUGGAGACAGGUAUGAGAAAGAGAAGAAACCUAACUAACAAAUCGAAUGAGCGUAAUAGGUCGUUGUCCACACAAGACGACCAUUACUAGACUUCAUUCACUCGAAAGCGAACGAUGUCGAUUCGAACACACCAGGGUACCAUCAGAACCGAUGACCCACUUUCUAUGAACAGUCGAGAAUCCAAGACGAGUUUACUUGCACUUACCAACUACCACUAACGCAUAUCGGGAUGAAGCAUUGUAAGGCGUUAACGGAACUCACCCAUUUAUAUAAACGUCAUAUCGUUGCAAAGGAUAUGGUGAUUAUACCUCAAGAGAGGGACAAACCUUACGACCUCUUCGAAGCCAAGUUUGCAUCAAGGUACUGACGGAUUCUGGUUUGGCGCAAACACACAUCCCGUCAACGUUCCAUCAACCUCAACGACGCUGUUCAAUGUCAUACAAAGAGCAAAAUCCCGGCCCUCAUCGCAUACCAUGGCACUGCUGCUUAAGCUUUUGUUUUGGCCUAGGAAACACUUGUACGAGUCCUGUCAGAUAAAAUUUUAUUAUGUUCGAACAC